AUGGAUCGCGAGCAGUACGUGCCGCGUAAUCUGAUCGACGAUGCCGACCGCUGAGCACCAAGCUUAUGCUUUUGGCCUAAUUUAUUCCAGAUUUCGGAAGGCUGGCUAUGCUGCCAUCGACUGGUACGUGCUUCACCUCUGAAUGUUCAGACGACCGGAGCGCGGUUCUUUCGGCGCGCACCCCCCAUACCACCGCGGUGCUGCACGUCUCGGCCUAGAAUCGUCAUCGCUGACCAUGUUAUCGCACUUGAUGCCCUGGCGUCCAUAAUCGUUUCGUAGGGUUUGUGACUACUUCGAAAACCUGGAGACGCUCGAUGUUAUGCCUAGUGUACAGCCAGGCGACAUCUGCAAGCAGAUUCCUGGUGAGUCGGUGUUGCCUCCUGAGUCCCUUUCAGAGGCCCCCCCGGAUCCUGCGUACGAGACAACCACUUCGCCGGUUGCGCGUCAGGGGUGACGGAUACCCGGCCCGCUGAGUGAAACAUGUCUCCUUUGUACAGACACUGCCCCAGUCGAGGGUGAAGCGUGGCAAGAUAUUGCCGACGAUUUCGACAAAAUUAUCAUGCCUGGGUGAGUUCUCCCACCGCACCGCCCCACCCCCGCGCGUGUCCUCGAGAGAUCCGAACACCGUCCGGUAGUCGUGUCUCAUUCGACUCGUCCAAGGAAAUCGAGCUCUCCCUUCGUCAAAUGAUUUCCGAACAUCGUUCAUUCGAGGCGAGGUUUCCGUUCGUAGGCAUUCGAGCGGGCACACUCUCGGCGACGUUACUACGGGCGAACUAACUAGUACUAACCGAACCUUCCUCUUCCCACGAUCUCAUAUACAAGAUUAACCCACUGGCAGUCACCAAAUUUUUACGCGUACUUCCCCGCGAACACCACGUUCGAAUCGAUCAUCGCCGACAUCAUGGUCGGUGGCGUGUCGAACCCCGGUUUUAACUGGCUUUGUGAGUAGAAUCGCGUCUAGUCUGUGGUCGCCACCUGUUAUUCGGCACUUGCUGACCUUGACGUUCUUCUUCUGCUUCUUGCAGGUUCUCCCGCUUGCACCGAGUUGGAAGUCCGCAUGAUGGACUGGUGCGCUUCCCUGUUCGGCCUCGACGAAAGCUUUCACAACUCGUCAAAGGAAGGUGGGGGAAUCAUCCACGUAUGUUUCCCACUCCCUAGGCUCAUGAAUCAUAGCCUCGCCCGUCGUCUGACAUUAUGUCUCUGUCUCUACCCGUCUUCACAGGGCUCGGCAUCGGAAGCGUGCCUCUCCGUCUGCAUCGCUGCGCGAGAGCGCGUGAUGCGCAUGCAUCCCGAAACCAAGCACGAAGACUUGGUCAUCGUCGCAACGACGCAAACACAUUCCCUCGGCGCCAAAGCGGCCCUCUUACUGGGCAUCCAGUUCCAUCCCGUUCCCACCAAGCAAGAGAACGAUUGGGCGAUUCGCGGUACCGAGCUUAGGGAGGCCCUCGAGGCCCUCGAGCAUGAUGGGAAAGUGCCUUUCAUUUUCUGUAAGCAGUUGCCACCAGGUUCUCUUAUUCACCGCACAUGCACUAACAGCGCUUCCUGCUGUUGUCGUCAUCAGUGGCUACCGUUGGUUCGACAAGCACCGGGGCGAUCGACAACAUUUCCGAGAUCACGGCAGUCAGUGCGUAAAUGUGUUUUCUGCUCGCUGCGUGCCAAUUUUGAAUUGGCCGCUUACACCUCGUCUGCUCUUCUCGUAGCUGCCGACUAUCCUGCAAUUUUCCUCCAUGUCGAGUAAGUACAUGUUAUUUCUUCCUAUUAGACGACUACCGAGCUGAGGCCGAGAGUCUUCGUUUCCUCCUGCAGCGCUGCUUGGGGCGGAGUCUACCUCGCCAUCCCUGAACUCCGUGCCGAGUGCCAUCUUGAGGCCAUCAACCGCCGCUCGACUCGAGGCAAGCUCGCCAAGGAUAUUUGCGGCUCCGGCGAAGUCCAUUCGUUUUGCACCAACCUCCACAAGUCCGGGCUCGUCACUCUCGACGCUUCGCUCCUAUUCAUCCGAGACCGUCGUCUCCUCACCGAAGCACUCGACAUCACACCUCCCUUUUUGCGCAACGCCGAGAGCGACUCGGGCCUCGUCGUCGACUACCGCAAUUGGCAAAUCGCGCUCGGUCGUCGUUUCCGCUCGCUCAAAGUGUGGUUCGUCUUGAGGUCGUACGGCCAGAAGAUGUUCCAAGAGCAUCUAAGCAAGGGAAUCGCACUUGCCCAGCGCCUCGAGAACCUCGUCCUCAAACACCGUGGAAACGGCUUUGAGCUGUUCGUGCCCCGUCGUUUCGCCCUUAUCGUGAUCAGGCUUCUCGAGCCCAACGGCGGCGAUGAGGAAACCCUCAACAAAGCCUUCUUUGCUCGCAUCGCGAAGAGAAAGGAUGUUCAUCUCACACCGACGAUCGUCGGGGGCAAGUCGUGCACGAGGGUCGCGAUCGGCGGUACGCAGACCAAGGAGCAACACAUCGACCACUUGUGGAAGGUGAUCAGGGAGGUUUCCGAUGAGACGCGACAGGCCCUUGAGUGCUAA